GUUAACUUUUCUAAAUAAUACACGCGAUAUUUUUUCAAUUUUCUAUAAAAAGUCAUAAAAAUUCGGUAAAGUGUUCAGUGUGUCGAAAAAUAUGUUCCAGUUGUAUUUGUAUUAUUUGCAUUGUUACACCUCCAUGUUCGAGGUGAUUAACCUCGUUUUUCUUUUGAUGAUGACGAUUAUAAAGAAUACUGCGAGGGAUUUUCUGUAGGAUCAAGGUCACCUCUUUCACGCCUUCAAUAAUCCUUUGAUGAAGGAUUUUCCAAUGGAAACCAUCACCCCCCGUUUGCAGCACUUCUUCGACCGAUUCUAUCCUCCAUGGCAGACUAUUUAAAACUCGGUCUAUUUUGACGGUUAUUUUUCACAUUUUUUGAAUGGAAAUUUAACUUGAAAGUAGGGAUCUCCGAGGGCUAUUUAGUUUGAAAGAAUCUCCCUGCAGCUGCAAAUUCAUCAUUAAGGAGGAGAAAAAAAAAUGAGGUAAUUCGGCUUCUGGUGGAAACACGUGUCCAUGUUGUUUUUCAAGACAAACCGAAGCACCAGCUCGUUGCCAUAAAUUACGGAGAUAACGCGAGAGAGCAUUGGAAUGCCGCGGCAACAUAGCGCAGACCUUUUAAUAUGGGAGUGUGCGUGAGGAAAACUAAGGAGAGCAAUCAUUUUAGUGGAUCAACGAGAUUUAUGAAAUUCGAUGUGCAAUUCACAGGAAUACGAUUCUAGAACUAAAGGGGGACACAUGGACCAAAGACAAUUAAUUCAGCGAAUAUACCAUUGAACUUUGCAAACAAAAAUGUAAAUAAAUAAUGUUUAUAUGGAAGAAACUUUCAUUUGUACACUGAAGUAUAACCAGUUGCCUAUCAACAGGCGAAGUAAAUUAGCUCCGAUAUAAAGAAUGCGGAAAAGAAAAACUCGCGUGGUUGAUCUGAAGAUGUGUGCCGAGAAAGAAAUCUGAAAAAGUCACGUCAGAGGUACAACAAAAUGAUCCAUUCAACUUGUUUUCAUUCUCUAUGAAAAUAUUAUUAUAUCGACAAUGGAUGAGAGAGAAAAAGAAAGAAGAAAAAGAAGAUAUAUAUUCAAAAUAAAAAAAAAAAAAAAAAAAUCAUUGAAUUAUCAUGAAGAAGAUUUGAGAAGAUGCGCAAAUUGUUUGCGCGCUGACCCACAAUUUUAUCAGCAAUGUGUCUCUAUAAACAAAACUGCUAGGACCUCGUGUUUUUGAUUCAGUGAGGCGGCAACUGUGAAAUGGAAAAAAUAUUCUCGUCAAUUUUUUCCAAUUUUUUUUUCAAUAUUCCGCAGUCAUUUGACGAUUUAAAAAAAACAAAUUAAUUAAAAUCAUCAAUUUUUCAUCAAUCAAAAAAUUGAAGGAAAAAAAAAAAUAAAUGUAUUUUCAUUCAACAAUCUUGGGAGAAGAAAAUUUCUUAUAACAAGUGAAGAUUGUAUUGUGAACAUUUAGCUGUUUACCAAAAAGAAUACAUACCUCUUUCAAAUUUUUGAUAAAUUUAUCAAAAAGUGAAUUAUCAAAAAAGAAAAAAAAAUUUUAAACUAGUGAUUUAAAAUUUGUGCGAACUGUGUUUUUGAUUAUAUUUGAAAACUACUUUCUGGCUUAUACAGGUAUAAAAAACAGAAAAAGGUUUUAUUGCAAUGUUGCCAGAUUGGAGAAUGAUAAAAAAAAAUUUGGACUAUUCAAAAGAAUUGUGACUAUAUUUCUACAAAAGAGUUAAUUAUAUAUAUAUAUAUAUAUAUAUAUAUAUAUAUAUAUCCAUCAAGAAAAUAAACCGGUUCAUUGAGAAAAAAAAUGUCAAUCUUUGAAGAUGACUUUCACAUAUCUCCAAAAUUCAUUUUAUGAUUUUUCGUUUAAAAAAAAGAAGCUUAAUUAAAAAGGACAAUAGAAAAAAAUUCUAAUUCUCAACUGAAUAAUAAACUCACUUCCUUAUUUAAUGAAAUAAUUUUGAAAUAAACACGCAUGUUUCAUUGACACUAAAAAUUAUUUAGUCCCAUUAGAGAUAAUGAAAAAGUGAGGAACAAAUUUUUUAAUCACUCUUCAAUAAAAUGUCACGCGAAGAUAAUGAAUUUAGAAAAACGAGGAGAAUUUUCUUCGAAUUAUCAAUGUAUCAUCGAUGAAUUUUCAUGAUAACGUUUCAAGAAAAUGUUUAAAAUAUAUAUAAUAGAAGAAGUUGAGUAUUAUAAACUGAAAGUUGUAUAUGAGAGAAAAAAAAUUUUUUUCUUUUAAAAGGAUAUCGAUUAAUAUUAAUUGGUUAUAUGAAAUAGGGGUACAAAGUGUAUAGUAUAUAAAAAUAACAUCAUGGAAGUUACAACAUCAUUUGAUCAUUUAAGUAUGACAAAUAUUACUAAUGAUAAAAUGGUGCCCUAUGUGAGUUUUGCAAAACAAAUGCUACUUACAAUGGUUUACAUUGCUGGUGUUGUGGGCAAUGUUUCGGCAUUAACAAUACUUUUUCAUAAAGACAAGAGAAGGAAUCCAAAGCAUUUAUUGAUGCUUCGUUGUCUCGCUACUAACGAUUUGGUAGCAUUAUUGGGAAUGUUGGUGCAAAUGUAUGUGACAAUUUAUGUUAAUGACGUGCAAUCAUCUCAAAUUGUUUGUUCAUUUCGUGUGAUAUGGAGACUUUUUGGACUCUUUAGUGGAUGUGUUGCCAUUGUUAUGGCAGCAGAAAGAUGGCUUGCUUUAACCAGACCCUUCGUUUAUCAAAAGCACGUGACAUUUCCAGUAAUUGUGAGAUUCAUGUUGAUCCUUUGGUUGGGAGCAGCGGCAUUAACAACAUUGCCACUUUUUGGAUUUGGUCUUUAUUUUAAAAAUGGAAAAUGUGGCCGAUAUAGAGAAGCCGAAGAAGCCGGUGACAUUGCGUACGCCUAUAUUUGGUUUAUAUGUGGCACCCUUCUUUGUUUAUCCAUUGUGGCGUGUAAUUUGGCAGUUUCUCGAGCACUCAAUCGAAUGGGACGUCGAACCGGAAAUAUAAGACGUAUUUCCAGAGCUUCAUCGAGAAUAAAGCCACUUUUAACGGUCGCUGGUUCAACACAAGAAGUAGUUGCCACCGCUGAAGAAAGAGCAUUUUCCCGUCUUAUGGCUGUUUUAUCAAUCUCAUUCGUCGUUUUUUGGAUGCCUCAAAUGAUAUCAAUUCCAUUGACGCAAUAUGAGCAUACAAUGCCUAGUAAUGAUGGAAAAGUUAUACGCAAAAUUUUCAAAAUCUUUUAUGGAAUUGCUGAUAUACUUUUAUGCAUUCAUUUUACUCUGGAUCCAUAUAUUUACGUAAUUCUGAGAAGGCGACAUCCACAUUUUGGUUUUUUUAAACCAUUGUGUCGUAUGUGUUGGACACCGAGAAGUAGAUCGAAUUCUUUAACAGGAACAACUGAACAUCAUUGUAGUAGUGCUGAUUUGCCAACACCUAUUACCGAAGCUCCAUCAACACCAGUCAGUGAGGUUCAUGAACCUCAGUUAGUUUCUGUUGCUGUAUGAAUCCUAAUUUUUAAAAAAUUUAAUUUAUUUGAAUUCAAACAAGAGGGGAAAUUAAUUUUUUUAUUUGUUUCAUUAGGUAUAAUUGUACAAAAUUUUUAUCAGAUUUACGUCUAUUAUUUACAAAAAAAAAAAUUUAUUUUUUAUAAACAUUCUGGUAUUUUGAGAAAUUAAGUAUUGAUGAAAUAUUAGGAUUUUAGUUACUUGAAGCACGAAAUUUGAGAAGUUCAGAAGUAUACUGAACUUCUAGAAUACAAAUUUUAAUAUACUCUUAUUAGA